CCUCAAUUCUUCCCUCACAAUAAGAAUAAAGCAAGCUCCUUCCCGAAUCCCCAAUUCAAUUCCGCCAUGGAUGAGCUCAAGCCCAGUCCUCCCAAUUCUUCCCCCUUGACUCCCAUCGGCUUCCUCGAGAGGGCCGCCGCCGUCUACCGCAACUGCCCCUCCAUCAUUUACAACAGCACCGUCUACACCUGGUCGGAGGUCUUCCGCCGCUGCUCCAAAUUGGCCUCCUCCAUCGUAGCCCUAGGCAUCGCCCGACGCGACGUCGUUUCCGUCGUCGCCCCCAACGUUCCGGCCAUGUACGAGCUCCAUUUCGCUAUUCCCAUGGCCGGCGCCGUCCUCAACACCAUCAAUCUCCGCCUCGAUCCCCGCAGCAUCGCCGUCAUCCUCCGCCACGCCGAAUCCAAGCUCGUCUUCGUCGAUUGCCAGUCGGUACCUCAGAUCCUCGAAGCGAUCUCGCUGUUCCCGCCGGAAUCCGCUCCGCCGCCGCUAGUCGUCAUCCCGGAGGACGGCGAUUUGGGGUGGCCGGAGAAAGGAUUCUCCGGGAACUACGAGGCGAUGAUCCUGAACGGAGAUCCGAACUUCGAUUGGAUCCGACCCGAAUCCGAAUUCGACCCGAUGACCCUUAAUUACACCUCGGGCACCACCUCGUCGCCGAAGGGCGUCGUCCACAGCCACCGCGGCUGCUUCGUCGUCGCCGGCGAUUCGUUGAUGGAAUGGUCGGUGCCGAAGGAGCCCGUCUAUCUGUGGACACUGCCGAUGUUCCACGCCAACGGGUGGAGCUACACGUGGGGGAUGGCGGCCGCCGGCGCCGCCAAUGUCUGCCUGAGAAAGUUCGACGCCGCCGCAAUUUACGCCGCCAUACGUAAAUACGGCGUCACGCAUAUGUGCGGCGCGCCGGUGGUCCUCAAUAUGCUGACAAAUGUCCCCGACGGAAAGCCCCUGGAGAAGCCGGUGCAUAUUCUGACGGCCGGAGCGCCGCCUCCGGCGGCGGUGCUUUUCCGGACGGAGUCGCUCGGGUUCGUCGUGAGCCACGGGUACGGGCUGACGGAGACCGGCGGGCUGGUGCUUUGCUGCUCGUGGAAGCGGAGCUGGAACAAGUUCCCGGCGGCGGAGCGGGCGCGGCUGAAGGCGCGGCAGGGUUUCCGAACUCCGGGACUUGCGGACUUCGACGUGAUCGACGAGGAGUCCGGGCGGCGCGUGGCGCGUGAUGGGAAGACGCUAGGGGAGGUUGUGCUAAGAGGCGCGUGUGUGAUGCUGGGGUACCUUAAGGACGCCGCGUCGACGGCCGCCGCCAUGAGAGGCGGCUGGUUUUACACCGGAGACGUGGGGGUGAUGCAUCCCGACGGGUAUUUGGAAAUCAAGGACCGUUCGAAGGACGUGAUCAUCAGCGGCGGGGAGAAUCUGAGCAGCGUGGAAGUGGAGUCGGUUCUGUACGGACAUCCGGCGGUGAACGAGGCGGCGGUGGUGGCGCGUCCGGACGAGUUCUGGGGGGAGACGCCGUGCGCUUUUGUGAGCUUGAAGGAGGGGGUGAAGGAGAGGCCGACGGAGAAGGAGGUGGUGGCGUUCUGCCGGUCGAAGCUGCCGGGAUUUAUGGUCCCGAAGACGGUGGUGUUCAAGGCGGAGCUGCCGAAGACCUCCACCGGAAAAAUCCAGAAGUUCGUUUUGCGGGAGAUGGCCAAAGCCUUGGGACCCUCCAAGGCGAGCAAGCUCUAGCGAGUUGACUCGGUGAGUCGUAACUCGGUACAAACAAUUAUGGAAUAAUUGUGAGAUAUAUUGGGGGUUGUACCGUGUACUUGUCACUUCUUGCUUGCUUCUAUUUAGUAUUUUUAGCUAUUUUGAUACUCUUCUCAUAUGCCAAAAUGAGUCCAUUCGAAUUCGACACGAAAAAUAAGAACAAUAAAUAUUUUAUUAAA